AUGAAACAUGCCGCAGUAGCUUGCAAACACUUGGGAUGUGGUUCUGUAGUUAGUGUCCAUAGUGCUGCCCACUUUGGAGAAGAUUCCACACCAUACUUGGUGGUAGGAGAUGUUUGUCAUGGGAGUGAGUCAGCAAUCUGGGACUGCAGAUUUGAAACCCGGACUAUAAAGUCAACAUGCGCUCAUCCUUCCAUUGCUGGAGUGACCUGCUCAGGCUACUCACAGCCUCGGCUGGUGGGAGGAGACAAUCCCUGCUCAGGACGUGUGGAAAUAAGACAUGGUGAAACAUGGGCUACACUCUGUGAUGCACACUUUGAUAUCAAAGCUGCCAGUGUUAUCUGUAAUGAAUUAGAGUGUGGAAGAGCUUUAUCUACCCCAGGAGGAGCUCACUUUGGAGAAGGACACGGGCUGAUCUGGACUGAAGAGUUGCAGUGUGUGGGGAAUGAGUCACACCUUGCGUACUGUCCCAGGAGAUCACAUGUGAAUCAGACAUGCUCACAUGCAAAUGAUGCCAGUGCCAUAUGCUCACGGCACUCAGGGUUCCAGCUGGUGAACGGCAACACAGCGUGCUCAGGGAGGGUGGAGAUCCAGGUUCGUGGUGUCUGGGGAACUGUCUGUGAUUCACACUGGGAUCUAUCAGAUGCCAACGUUCUCUGUCAUCAGCUCAACUGUGGGUUCGCUGUAUCGACUCCAGGAGGAGGGCAUUUUGGGAAAGGAACAGGCUCUGUCUGGACAGACACAUUUCACUGUAAAGGGACUGAACCCCAUUUGGGCCAUUGCCCUGUGACUGCCCUGGGUGCAUCUCCGUGCCCACAUGACAAUGAUGCCAGUGUGAUUUGCUCAGGUCAUUCGGAAUCACUCAGACUGUUGAAUGGAGAGAGCCGCUGUGAUGGGAGAGUCGAGAUUUCCCUCCAUGGUGUGUGGGGCAGAGUGCUGGAUGACCAGUGGGACAUGAACGAUGCCAGUGUGGUGUGCAGGCAGCUCCAGUGCGGAGUUACUGAGAAAGCUUAUAACCCCCCUAAGUCUGGGCGAGGAACGGGCCCUGUGGGGCUGAGAAGUGUCCAGUGUGCAGGAAAUGAGACUCGUCUGACUCUCUGCAACAUCUCCGCAUUUGAGAGAGCCCAGGCAGGAAUUACUGAGGAUGCUGGUGUCGUUUGUUCAGGGAGCAGGCGGAUCAGGCUGGUGAAUGGGCCAGGUCGCUGUGCCGGGAGAGUGGAGAUUUAUUACAAUGGCACUUGGGGAACAGUCUGUGAUGAUUCCUGGGACCUUCCAGACUCCAAUGUUGUUUGCAAUCAACUGGGAUGUGGACACGCCAUCAAUGCAACUCUCUCUGCUCAUUAUGGGCAAGGAUCUGGGCAGAUCUGGCUGGAUGAUGUGAACUGCUCUGGGAACGAAGCUGAUCUCUGGGAGUGUCCUUCCGGGGGCUGGGGCCAGCACAACUGCAGACACAAAGAGGACGCAGGAGUUCUCUGCUCAGGGCUCACGGAUCUGAGACUGGUGAGUGGCAGUGACUGUGCUGGGCGGCUGGAAGUUUUCUACAAUGGGACAUGGGGCAGUGUUUGCAACAGUCCUAUGGAUGCAGUCACCAGGGCACUUAUAUGCAAACAUUUGGACUGCGGAGACAAUGGGAUUCUUUUAAAAGACUUUACACAUGGAAGAGGCUCUGGCCCCACCUGGGUGGAUGGUAUUCGGUGCAAUAAGCAGCACGGCUCCCUGUGGGAAUGCCCGUCAGACCCAUGGAAUCAGCAGUCAUGUAGUAACAGAGAACAAGAAACCCACAUCUCUUGUGAAGGUAGGAAAGGGAAACCAUCUCAGAAUCCAUUUGCUGAAUGCCUGAACUCUACAAGCUGCACAGGCCAGGAGAAGUUACGUGUUGUGGGAGGAGAGGACAGAUGCUCGGGCAGAGUGGAGGUUUGGUACCGUGGCUCCUGGGGAACAGUUUGUGAUGACUGCUGGGACAUGGCAGAUGCUAACGUUGUGUGUAAACAACUGGGCUGUGGAUCUGCUGUAUCUGCCCCGGGCGAGGCUGCAUUUGGCGAGGGGACUGGUCCCAUCUGGGUGGAGAAGGUGAACUGCAGAGGGACAGAGUCAUCUCUCUGGGACUGUCCUGCCAUGCCAUGGGGUGAGAGUAACUGUGAUCAUAAGGAAGAUGCUGCUGUGAAUUGCUCGGGUGUGACAGAAACAACAGCUUCACCUGCUACAACAGCUCCCCCACGCCGCCCUCUGACCGACAGUGGGAGAGUCACGGUGCCUGUUGUCAUCUGCAUUAUCCUGGGGGUCCUUCUCUGCCUGCUGUUAAUCAUUCUGGGUGUGCAGGUGCAAAGGGCCAGGGCACAGCACAGAGGUGCCACAAGACCCUCAGAUCCCGUGUAUGAGGAGAUUGAUUAUAACCUGAUGGGAGAGAAGCAGAUAUUGGGUCACUCAGUCUCCUAUGCAGAGGAUUCAAUGACGAAGCUGCAGUAUUACACCGGGGACAGUGAGGGGGGAAACGAUUCUGGAUCAGAACGAGAGGGAGCUUCCCCUGGGGGGUCUCAGCUGGAUUAUGAUAACGUGGAGGAGCCUGCAUUGAAUGAUGACCCCCAGACUCCAGACGACCAAGAGGGCGAUGCCUUGCCUGGAGAUGUCCUAGGAGAUGGUUAUGAUGAUGUCAGAGAAGUUUCUGACCCUGGUUCAGGGCAGUGUGCCCGGGAAGUUACUUGGGCCCCUCGGGUGAAUGACAGGAACAGGGAUUCACAGAGAGAUUGGAAUCUGCACUCCCUAAGAAGUGAAGGGGCCUCAGGGACUGAGAGAGAUGGCCCAUUCCCGCCUCCUGGAGACCCGGGUUAUGAUGACGUUGAAGCUGGCGUCCCUGAGACAUCAAUAUAA